AUGAUCUGGGUCAUCGUGUUGUUGUUGCUCGUCCUUCUGUACCUCCUGGUGGACAGACUGCUUCGUGUCUUCAAGAUCGGCAACCACAGCAACAAAUAUGUCUUUGUCACCGGAUGCGACAGCGGCUUCGGGAGAGAGCUGGUUUUACGUCUGGACAAACUGGGGUUUCCCGUGUUUGCUGCCUGUUAUACAGACGAAGGGAGACAGACUCUGACCCAGGUUUGCUCCAGCCGUGUGCAAGUCAUACCGUUUGACGUCACCAAAGAGGAAUCUAUACAGGCCGCACUUGAUACUGUCAGGCAGAAGCUGCCCAGCGAGACAAGUCUUUGGGCUGUAGUAAACAACGCUGGAGUUAUCGGUCAGGUGGUGGCAGCAGAAAUCUGCAACAAGAAGGAAUACCAGUUCUGCUCCGACGUGAACCUGUUCGGCCCCAUAGAGUCGAAGGGCCGGCUGAUCAACCUGACCAGCUGUAUGGGCCGCUGUGCUGCCGAAGCGGGCCCUUACUGCGUGUCCAAGUUUGGACUGGAGGCUUUCAGCGACGUCCUUCGGCGUGAAGUGGCCCAGUUCGGCAUCAAAGUAUGCCUGGUGGAGCCCGGGUACACAGAGACCGCAUUGUUCCACGUCGAUGAACUUCACAAGGGAAUCCGAGAAGCCUUCCAAAGAUCAGACCCGGAGAUUCAAGAGGCAUACGGGAAGAACUACCCAGACUAUGUGAUCGCGGUCCUCACUGCCAAACUGGAAAGAUGCUCUUCGCGCAUUGAGAAAGUCGUGGACGCCUUACUGGGAGCAAUCGUCUGCAAGUAUCCAAGACCAAGAACUGUUGUUGGGUAUGACGCCAAGUUCUUAUUCAUCCCCCUGACCUUUCUGCCGGAGUGGGUUGGGGACACGGUGCUGCUAGCUUACGAGAAGCGAAUGGCCAAAGAAAAGGGCUUUUAA